AUGCCUCUUGUCUCCUAUCUUCUCCUGAGCGCCAAGCCUUACAGUCAAGCUAAAGACUUAAAACAAGCGCUGCAUGGGAGGCAACCCAUGAGGAUAGAAGGAGAAAAAGGUGUGAAAACACAAUCCGCGCCAAAACAUUGGCCGCGGACGCGCAAAAGUAAUUUUGGCCGAGCAAUUCUCAUCUGGCCGACCGUUACGGUCGAGCCGGGAAGGAAUAGCUCGUGCUCGGCCGGAUUCACUCCAUUGCGCGACAGAACCGUUCGCGCGCACGACUGCACGGAAGGAACAGCGCGCUCGGCCGAAAUUUUCGUAUCGGAACGGACCGACCGUGCCGGUCGAUCCGGGAAACAAACGAUCGGCCUCGGCCGAAAUUCUCUCGCCAAAACGAAUUUGGCCGACCAAAUCGCUCGACCGCGACAAAAUCCAUCGGCCAUCGGCCCAAAACUUUUCUAG